AUGGGCCAUUGUCUUAGCUGCUUAGGAAACCAAUCUAAUGCUGAUGUGGUUACAUCUACUCAAAGAAAUAAAGAUGAGAUGACAGAGAUUGUUUCUUCUAAUCAAGUUCCCACUGUCAUGAUAUCAGAUUAUCCACAAGAAGAGCCGCUUUUGCAUAACAAUGAAAUCAGUAUUAACUGCUACACAAACAAUUCUCACAUAUCCAAUGCUAAUGCACUGAAUUCUAUUAAUGCACACUCAUCGGGCGAUGGGCUACCAGCACCUAAAGUACAUGUUAAUAAUGAAAAGACACCUAAGCCUUUUUACCACAAAUUGCCUUCAAUUCCUCGUAGCAUGUCAUCAUUGGGCUCGAGUGAGUCUCGUGUCUCAGAAUCGAAAAUCAAUUAUUUAUUCGAUCAAUACAAAGACAGCCAAGAGGAUACUAUUUUUGCUGAAGGUAUUGAGAAUCUAUGCAUCGAUCUGCAAUUAAAUCCAGACGACUUCAAAGUUUUGGUACUCGCAUGGAAAUUGAACGCUAGUCAAAUGUGUAGAUUUACUAAACAGGAAUUUGUUCAGGGUUUGAAAAGCAUGAAGACAGAUUCCAUUAAAGGAAUACAGCAGAAACUUAAUGACAUUACAAGUGAACUGAGUACCGAUUCUGAGCAAUUUAAAGAUUUAUAUAGAUUCACUUUUAAAUUUGGUUUAGAUGUGAGUACAGGGCAAAGAAUACUGCCUGCCGAUAUAGCUAUAUUGUUGUGGCGUCUAGUCUUCACUGGCAAUGAACCUCCUAUAUUGGACAGAUGGUUAAGUUACUUGGAAAAAAAUCCUCACAUUCGAGGAAUACCCAAGGACACCUGGUACAUGUUUCUUAAUUUCUGUGAGUUUGUUGGUGACGAUCUCAGCAGCUACGAUGACACGGAAGCUUGGCCUAGCUUAUUCGAUGAUUUUGUAGAAUAUGAAAAUGAUCAAAUGAAUCAAAAUGUAACAAAAAACGACAUGAAGAUUCAGGAUUGA